CCACUUGACGGGCCAGGCUUCACGACGUCGUAACCACUUGACGGGCCAGGCUUCACGACGUCGUAACCACUUGACGGGCCAGGCUUCACGACGUCGUAACCACUUGACGGGCCAGGCUUCACGACGACCUAGCAAAUUUUAAGUCAGGUUUUAUAAUUAAAAAUACAUUUUAAACGUACUUUGUCCGAAGUCUUCAUCUUGUCCGAUUCUGACUCUAGAGGCUACUUAAAUGCAGCAUGAAACGAAAAACUGUGUUACACAGGAUCAAAGGAUUUUUGGAAGGUUUCGGCGCACCGCCAAGGCUGUGUAUCAUGUUCUACUAUUAGCCAUUCGAACACAAAAGUCCCUACAAGCAGAAGUUGCCAAUGAAACUUGGUAUAAAAAGGUGGACAACUGGCAAAAUGGCGACACCAGUCGUUUGGCGCCCAAAUGUGUCUCUUCAAAAUCCGAAAGAGAAGAUGAUGUAUUCGACUUAUCUCAGUUUAAACAUGCAUUUAGCAUUCAGACAAUGGAAGUAGGAGAUAUAACAUCAAUAUUGCCAGAAUCUCGAUCCAGCCUUCAGAUCUCAAGGAUCUCGAGGUACAUGUCAAGUAACUUUGUUGACUUCAAGGCCUAUUCACUCUCGAAGCAACGACAAAUAAGUAAAGCUGUGAUAUACUGUAGGUAUCAACCGGACAGGAUAAUAAUAAAAAAGGGGAACUUUUCCAAUGGGCUUUAUUUUCUACUAUCGGGUUCAUUAGCUGAGAAGCAUGAAUUGAAAAGAAAACACAACGAUAUUUUACCAGGAUCUAUAGUUGGGAUAAACGAUCUGCUGUGUAGUUGCCGAAGACAGAGCACAGUGGUAACACUGGCGGAAUCUCAACUUUUAUAUCUUCCUAGAAAGGAUUGCAAGCGUAUAUUUGAUCUCAAUGAGGAUUCCAGUGAUAUCAAACAUUUGGAGAUAGCUAAACAACAUAAAGUGAUCCAUCAAUUUCCUGUCCAUGUCUUAGAGGAAAAUAAAGCAAUGUGGACAGUCAUGAGAUACAGGUAUGGUUGCCUAAUUUCUAAGGAUUCUAAUAAGAUGGACUGGAUUUACAUAAUCAAGUCAGGUGAAGCCCGAGUGCUAAAAUAUAUGGAAUUUAAAAAAAUAAAAGAAUCCGAGAGACAAAGGAAGUUUCAAGCAAUCUUAAAUGCCGAAUCCCCUUUUUACAAUAGACAUAAGAUAUUGGACUUUGUUACUAACAGGGAGUACAUUCCGUCUGUGUACGGACAAAGAAAAUCUUCACCAAAUGCCACUGCGAUUCAACCAGCUACAGCAUCUAUUUUAAGCCAUCUCUCUCAGAAGCCAGUUACUUGUAAAGAAAGCCCACCAACUCGAAGUGAUAACCUGAAUACAUCGAAUGCAUCACAUAAUGAUUGUAAGAAAAACCAAAAAAGGCAGGAAAAUGCACCUAUUUUUGUACAACUUGGGACCCUUACCAAAGGAGACGCUUUUGGACUUAGAGCUUGCUUAGAACCUGAAGAGCACGGGCCAUCAGUAAGUCUUGUUAGUGGUGAUUGUGAGCUGCUACAAAUUAACAAAAAGUUCUUUAAGAAACACUGUGAUGAAUCUGUGAAAAGCCUCAUCAGAUUAGAGGACAAGCCUUACCCAAGUGACGAUGACCUGGUCGAUAAACAUAUAAUAAGUAUGCAAUGGGAGAACUAUAAAGAAAAGACGACAUGGGAAUUGCAUCGAUUGAAGAAAAGAUUUUAAAACAACCAUUUUAUCCCUACUUCUCAUCCUGAAGGUUUUCAUUUUCACAGACAAGGCCGCAUUGAAAGAAGAAGUGGACUGCAGAAUACAUAUAGUAUAUACAUAUUUAUAAUCAUAACAACACAAUGUACACAGUAGCGUACGCAGGGGGGGGGGGGGGAGCAGGGGGAGCGGCCGCUCCCCCUCUGGCCAUUUUCAGCAAAGUGGCGCCUUUUUGGAAACUUUUUAAACCCAAAGUUUUAAACAAUGAUAUUAAUUAAAAAAUAUUUUUGGUCGGCACAUCUAUGUAAAUCACAAGAUUUCUUUUCAUGCAGCAAUUAAGCAUUAUUGUACUAGUCUAGUAAUGUCUACGUUUACAACACGUAUUAACAGCUGCAUCAGUUUGCCAUUCUAAAAAUAGCCAUUACGAUGCAUUGCAAUGUUUAAAAAACCUCUACGGGUAGUACCACUUGGCAAGAGGGGUGUUAAGUUUAAGGCAACUGUAUAAUGUAUUUGCUUACGAAUAAUUGAAUUAGAAAAUGUUAUACAUAAAACUUCACACAUAAUUACUCUAUAUAUACAGUUUGAAUCGUGUGAUUAAUUAAAAAAAAAAUUACAAUACAGAAACAAAUACAACUGAUGUGGCACCUCUAUUAAAAUUUACUUAUGAGCAAACUGCGUAGUGGUGGGGAAAUUUUGACAAGGUCAAAAACGUCAUCACGAUGAAGUAGUAGUAUUCUUACAGUUUGGGCGAUAGUGAUUACGAUUACAAAUUAUAUGAAACAGUUACAACCCCCCCCCCCCAACCCACCCCGAACUUAUCUGUUAAGUACAUGUAGAAAAACGCGUAAUGAUGUACCAAAGUACCAUGCCGCCAGAAAAUUAGCUUUUUAAACGUAAAACUCUGUGAAUAUUGUUUUUGCAAUUAACAUUAAAAUGUGUGUGAUCAAUACAGUGAUCUACCAUACCUAUCACUAUGUUAAAAAAAUGAUCCUUAUAGAACACAAAGAAGCAGUAGUUCAUUAAAAGUAUGCGAUCUGUACUAAAAGACCGAUAUUUAGUUAAAUGUAGGCUGUUAAUACGAAUGUUUAAAUAUUUUAUUGAAAAGCGUGGUUUUAUACCAACUCUGAUUUUAAAAACUUUCAUUAUGCUGUAAUACUUUAGCAUUUAUGAGGACGGUAUAUUAAAUUCUGAUUAUAGACAAAAACAUUUUGUAAACACGAAUAGUGUUAAACAAUUUCAUUAUAUUCUAAAGUAAUUAUUUAUUUGUUUUGAUAUUUAUAAUUAAAUGCGUAGAUAUAUACAUAUUUAUAUUAAGAGAGUGAUUAUUUCCCCUAUUUCACUUGUCUUAAAUAAUUUCCCCAGGGAUUAUUAUGUAAGAAAUUUUUUUACAAGAAUUACAAAACAGAUUGUGUUACGUUCAUUGUUUUUGGUUGUAGUGUGUGUGUGUGUGUGUGUGUUUUUGUUUUUUCUUUAGAUUGAUACAAUUUUUGUUUUG